AUGACCUUUGAAGAUGUAGCUGUGUAUUUUACAAAGAAGGAAUGGAAGCAGCUGACCCCUGAUCAAAGACACCUCUAUAGAGAUGUGAUGCUGGAGAAUUAUGGGAAUAUGGUCUCUCUGGGAGUUCCAGUCCACAAACCUGAUGUGAUCUCUCAGCUGGAACACGGGGAAGAGCCAUGGGUCCUGAAUCUGCAGGAAGCCAGUGAAAGAGAGGAGACCAUGAGAUACCUCAGCAUAGAUCUUAAUCUACAUCAGAGAAUUCAUACUGGAGAAAAACCCCACAGAUGCUGUGAAUGUGGGAAAAAUUUUAGUCGGAGCUCACACCUUAGGGAACAUCAAAGAAUUCAUACUGGAGAGAAACCCUAUAAGUGUAACAAAUGUUUGAAAGCUUUUAGUUGUAGCUCCCACCUUAUUCGACAUCAGUUAAUUCACAAUAGAGAAAAACCCUAUAAGUGUGAUGAAUGUGGCUUCAUUCAGAGCUCACAGCUUAUUCAACAUCAGAGAAUUCAUACUGGAGAGAAACCUUAUGGAUGUGAUGAAUGUGGAAGAGCUUUUAGUCAAAGCUCACACCUUAUUCAGCAUCAGAGAAUUCAUACAGGAGAGAAACCUUAUGCAUGUUUCAGUGAGAACUCAUUACUUAAUCAGCAUCAAAGUGUUCAUACUGGAGUGAAACCGUACAAAUGUGAUGAAUGCGGAAAAGCCUUUACUUGGAGUUCACAUCUUAUUUUACACCAGAGAAUUCAUACUGGAGAGAAGCCCUAUGAAUGUCAUGAAUGUGGAAAAGCCUUCAGUCAGAGCUCUUUUCUUAUUAGACACCAAAGAAUUCACACUGGAGUGAGACCAUACAAAUGUAAUGAGUGUGGCAAAGCUUUCAGUCAGAGUUCAACGCUUUUUCAACAUCAGAUUAUUCAUACUGGAGUGAAACCCUACAAAUGUAAUGAAUGUGGUAAAGCUUUCAGUAGAAGUGCAUACCUUAUUGAACAUCAAAAAAUUCAUACUGGAGAGAAAUCUCAUGAAUGUCAUGAAUGUGGAAAAGCCUUUACUCACAACUCAAGCCUUAUUCAACAUCAGAGAGUUCAUAGUGGACAGAGACCAUAUGAAUGUAAUGAAUGUGGAAAAGCCUUCAGUCGGAGUUCAACCCUCAUUCACCAUCAGCUAAUUCAUACUGGGGAGAAAUUCUAUGAAUGUAAUGAGUGUGGUAAAGGUUUCAGUAAUAGUUCAAAUUUGAGAAGACAUCAGAGAAUUCACUCUAGGAUAGGAAAAACACUUCAGCACUUUACAGCCAAAUAG